AUGGAUAUUCGAAAGUACUUUAAUGCACCUGGUGGUGCUUCUAACACAAAAAAACACGCGAAGAAGACUUCAAAAUCCGAUGCUAAUCCCGAUCAAAGUGAAAACGUUCCCGAGGAACCAAGAAUGGAUCCUGUUAAAUCUAAAUCUUCUAAGAGAGCAAAGGAAGAUGAUUCAUACUCAGAGGCUCCUAAAAAAAAGCAGCCGAAAACUGAUCCUCCCGCACCAGAAUCCAAAGACAAAGAAAUACCUGAAGGCGCAGAAAAUUGCUUAUUAGGAAAAACAUUUGUCUUUACUGGCGAUUUAGCAACUCUUCCUAGAGAGGACGCUCAGGACCUCGUCAAACGUUAUGGAGGAAAAGUCACCCUACUACCAAGUUCACGUACGACUUAUGUUGUUGUUGGUGACAACCCCGGUCCAAAGAAACUGGAAAAGAUCAAACAGCAUAAUAUUCCAACUUUAACCGAAGACGAAUUAUUAGACCUCAUAAAAAACGCACCUGCACAGCAAUCUGAACCCUCUCAAUCCAGUUCUGCGAAAGGAAAAUCACGUGCCUCCGAUGCCAUGGAAAUUUCCGAACCAACAUCCAGUACUUCUAGCACAGAAAGUCUAUCUCAAUUAUGGUCUGAUAAAUAUAAACCAAAAACCCUUAAAGAAGUGUGCGGUAACAAAUCUGCCGUUGAAAAUCUUCAAAAAUGGCUUAAAGCUUGGGAAUCGAAUAUGAAAAGUGGCUUCAAUUUUAAUUCAAGCUUCCCAGCUGUUCUACUAUCUGGUCCUCCAGGAAUUGGCAAAACUACAGCUGCACACUUAGUUGGUAAACUUGAAGGUUUUGAUGUGAAGGAAUUUAACGCUAGUGAUACUCGCAGCAAAAAAGCGCUGGAAAUGGCUGUUAAAACAGCUACACACAACACUUCAAUCAUAGGAUUUUUUCGAUCUGCAACUGAGAAGGCGCAAAAAAUGAAUAGAACUCUUAUAAUCAUGGAUGAGGUUGAUGGCAUGUCCGCCGGAGAUCGAGGUGGUGUCGCUGAACUUGCCCAAUUAAUCAAGAAAACCCAGGUUCCAAUUAUCUGUAUUUGUAAUGAAAAAGGAAAAAAGCUACAAUCUUUAAUUAACGUUUGUCAAGAAAUUAGAUUCCAAAAGCCUCGAGUCGAGCAAGUCCGCUCACGAAUCAUGACCAUAGCUUCAAGGGAAAAACUCAAGAUCAGCCAAUCAAAUAUCGUCGAUGAGAUUAUCUCAGGUGCGAAUGCAGAUAUUCGACAAAUUUUAAACAGAUUGUCUUCUUGGAAAUUGGCAAAUGAUAGCAUUACUUAUGAUGAGGGCAAGGCUUUAAAUAAAGCAUCAGAGAAAAAUGUAGUCCUAGAUCCAUUUGACAUUACCAGUCGACUUUUUGGUAAUUCGAUAUGGAAUAAUCGUAACAGCAAUUUGAACGACAAAUUAGAACUAUAUUUUCAUGAAUCUGAUAUCUUGCCGUUAAUGAUUCAAGAAAAUUAUCUAAAAAUUAAACCUCAAUUUUCUUCGAACACCAUUGAAAGAGAUGAUGUAAGCCCGACUGAUCUCGAGCAAAUUUCUCUACUAAGUGCUCUGAGCAAAGCAGCAGCCUCUAUAUCGGAUGGUGAUUUCUGUAGUGCGAUGAUUCAUGGAUCUCAGCCACAAUGGACUCUUAUGCCAGUUCAUGGAAUGUUUUCUUGUGUCAUUCCAACAUAUUAUGUUCAUGGUGCUAACACUAGCGGUGCUCGUUAUGCAUUUCCAAAUUCACUGGGUCAAAUCUCUAAAACUAACAAAUAUAAACGUAUCUUGAGAGAGGUACAAAUUCAUAUGCGAUUAAAAACAUCUGGAGAUAAAAAUGAAAUUCGGCAGAUAAUUGAACUGAUGGACCAAUAUUAUCUUAACAAAGAAGACUGGGAUGCAAUAGUGGAAUUAAGCAUUGGAGGUGAUAAAAUAUUAAAAGAGAUUGAUAAAAGUGUUAAGGCAGCUUUUACAAGAAAAUAUAAUUCGUCAUCACAUCCUGUACCAUUCCUCAAAGCUUCAUCUGUUAAAUCAUCAAAGGGUGCUGGUAGUGUUGCUGCAGUUCCCGAUUUUGAAGAUGCAAUUGAAGUUGAACAAACUGAACAAGCCGUCAAAGAUGAAGAUGAGGUUAGUGACGACGAUGAUGAUCUAUCAAAAGAUAAAUUUAUCAAACAAAAGUCUAGUGCUGCCGCUGCUACUACUUCUAAUCGCCGUACCUCAAGUGGUACCAAAAAAAAGGGUGGAAGUCGAGGUACACGUAAGUCUGUUAGAAAGAUAAAGUGA